AUACCUGACCUUCUUUUUGUCCGAAACCUGUACAUGCAAAAUUACAAAAUAACCUUGAAUGACGAUUUUAGACACUGUUUGCCACAUUUAAUAACUAAGUAUAAUCUCAGUUCAGCUCUGUCCAUCCCUCAGCACCGAGAGGAAAGAUGUCCUACCUGUAAGUCAUCACUGUGAAACACAUGUCCACAGUGUAAUUUGCCAGCCUGGGGCAAUUACCUUUCUUCUUAUUGUCUUCAAUUUGCAGAAAACAUUUAUAGGUAUCUGAAGGACAAAAAAUGUCCGCCUUGCAGAUUUUGGCUUUGCUCAGUGGUGUGGCGGGAUUGGGAUGCAGUAUCGCCGCCACGGUGUCCGAUGAGUGGAAGGCCACCAGCAGGGCAUCCUCGGUGAUCACGGUGACGUGGGUGCUCCAGGGUCUGUGGAACAACUGUGCCGGAAAUGCAAUCGGAGCCUGGCACUGCAGACCGCACCAUACAGUCUUUCAACUGGAAGGGUACAUCCAGGCAUGCCGAGGACUGAUGAUAGCAGCUGUCUCUUUGGGAUUUUUUGGCACUAUAUUUGCCCUUGUUGGAAUGAAAUGCACCAAAAUCGGCGGAACAGAGAAAACUAAAGCCAGGAUUGCUUGUUUUGGUGGUGCAAAUUUCAUCCUUAGUGGCCUCUGCUCACUUUCAGCGUGUUCUCUGUAUGCACACCGGAUAACAUCAGAGUUUUUUGACCCGAUGUUUGUUGCACAAAAGUACGAGCUGGGAGCUGCUCUCUUUAUCGGCUGGGCGGGUUCUGUCCUCUGUGUUCUUGGAGGUGGAAUACUCUGUAUGUCUGUUUGUGACACUUGUUCCAAAAGUCAUCGCCAGACCAGCUAUAUCUACAGAGGUAGUGCAUCACGCGUGUCUGCUCACCCAAGAGGUCAAGCGAUGUCCGUAAGCCUGCGGCCCCCUCCAGAGUACAACAGCUCAUCCAGGACGCAACACUUCGACAAGAACGCCUAUGUGUGAAGGUUACAAAUGUAAACCACCUACAGGCAGCACUUGUGUAUGCAUUUUGGGCAUGUAUCCCAAAGACUGUACAAAACAGCUCUUUGCACGUAAUAAUAUAUCUGAAAAUGGUGACAGCAAGCUGUUGCUUGCAGCAGCUAAGUGUGAAAUAUUUAACAUGUUUGUUGCAAGAUUUAAAACUAUACGAUGCUUUGUCUUUUCUGUGUGCAACUUAUGAUUUUUAUUUUUUUCUCAGUCUUUCAUAAUA